AUGCAUAAAAUAUUGACGAUUGCAUGUGCAGCUCUAUGGUCGUUAUUUUCUUCAGGGAUCAUCUUUGGGUUUGCUGCUUUUAAACCAACAUUAAUACAACAGGGAAUCUAUUCAGAGCUAUGUGAUGAUACCUCUAUUUUGAAUAUUCCAAUAGAAAGUUGUGUUGCUCAAGAUCUGAAACUGAAUAAGAUGUUUGCUACAGCAGCAGCAGCAACAAAUGCCAUGGCUUUGCCAGUUGGUUAUAUAUUAGAUCACUACGGACCUAGUAUUGCCGCUUUACAUGGCGCUUUCUUCUUAAUUCUAUCCUCAUUAUGUUUUAUUUUUCAUCAAACUAUUUCAUGGGUUGAUCCAUAUUUUAUUGGAUAUAUUUGCUUAGCUCUGGGUGGUCCAUUUUUAUUUAUAUCCACCUUCCAUCUGGCAAAUAUUUAUCCUGCCAGAUCUGGGUCCAUUCUAGCCUUGUUGACGGGUACUUUCGAUUCAUCAAGUGCAUUGUUUUUAAUAUAUAGACUACUGUAUCAAAAUGUUUUACCAACUUUUACGAUUUCGAAAUUUUUUACAGUUUAUUUGGUUGUACCAAUCUUUAUCAUUUUUGUUCAAUUUACUAUUAUGCCUUGGAAAGCCAUUAAGAGUGUUGGUACUACUGCCAAAGUCGCUAUUGAAGGGUUAGAUGAACAUGGUAUGCCAAUAAGUACAUCAGAUAUAGAAGAUGAAUUAGAAAAUGAUUCUACUCCAUUAUUGACUGACUCAACUGUAUCACCAUAUCAACCCGAUUUAGUUGAUGAAAAUACUACUGCAGGCCAGUCUUCGUCACCUGGUGAAAAUCGUCCAAUGAAGUCAAAAAAAUGCAUGAGUAGAAGAAAAUCAACUGUUGAAAUAAAUAUAGAAGAACGGUUACAAGCUGAAACAGGCGGCUUAUUUGCUAUAAUGGAUGAGAAAACAAUAACGGAACAAAUCUAUAGCCCAUGGUUUUACAUGAUGUUAAUAUUUGCAUCAAUUCUAAUGUUACGUAUUAAUUAUUAUGUAGCUACAGUUUAUUCACAAGAAUUAUAUCUAUUGGGUGAUGCAAAAUUAGCUUCUAAAUUCAAUGCUAUUUUCGAUAUUGCACUACCACUUGGAGGCAUUGUCGCUAUACCAGUUGUAGGGAUGAUAUUAGAUAAUUUAACUACUUUACACUCGCUGGUAACGUUAUUCAUUGUUUCAAUUAUCGUGAGUAUUUUAGGUCUAAUUAAAAAUGCAUAUACCGCUAACAUGUUAGGAAUGCUUAUUUUAGUAGUGUACCGACCAUUUUAUUACACAAUGGUGUCUGAUUAUACAAUGAAAACAUUUGGAUUUGAUACCUUUGGAAUGGUAUAUGGAUUAUUAACAUGUGUGUGUGGUAUAUUUAACAUGCUACAAUCACAAUUAGAUUACUGGACUCAAACAAAGUUUAAUAUGAAUCCAAGUCCAAUAAAUAUUAUAUUGCUUUUAGCUACUGCUGUAUCAGGAUUCAUAUUAAUUUCCUUUCUUCAUAUUAAAUUGUCUCAAGUUAAAUUAGAAGGAACAUCUGAUGAUGAUGAGGAACAAUUUGUAUAG